AUUGCAAAGAAUUGCAAAAAUCAUAAAGUCAACAACUACAACAACGGCAACAGCAACACUUACUAUCGUUAAGACACUUUGUUUGUUCGCGGUUGGUUUGGCCCUGUUUCAUUUUUUGUAGUGCAGCCAGCUACCCAGCCAGCCAGCAACCGGUGCAGUUCUCUGAAUAGAAAACGAAUUUAUAAAAAGCCUACAAAAUGCCUAGAAGAGAACAGUUUCAUUUAAGUGGGCGUUGGAAACGGUGGUGAUUUCAUGUUAAUCAGGCAACAAGUGCAAGAGAACCCAAAGUUUUAAGUGAGCUAAGGAAAUUGAAAAGGACCUCAAAAGGACUUAAGGAUAAUAUAAAAAAAUAACCCUUAGAAGAGGGAUAAGAAACGUGAAAAAUAAUAAACAAUUUCCAAUAAAAAAAUAGAAAACAAAUGAAAAAUUUUAAGAAUUUUUCCGAGAAACCCAACAAGUGCUGAAAGUGAAAACACCCCCAAUAACAACAAAACACCCUAAUGAGUGAUUCCAUUUGAUGGGUUUGAUGAAUCGUACACAACUUUUUGACAACUCUAAAACUCUCCCCUUAUCCUUUCCCCAUUAAAUUUUCACAUCUCCCAUCCCCGAGGACCUACCCGCCUUGCCUGAUACUAUGCAAAAUACUGAUGUCAACGAUAAUAUCGAUUCAACAAACAAAAAGUUUGAAACCUGGCCUGGUACUCAACCAGCCUCAUUGGAGCUAUUACCCAGUGCAGUGACCACAGCGGAGAGUAGUAAUCCAGAAUUAGUGGAAUCUUCGCGUGCCAUACACUCUGAUCCCGAGGAAAGGCAAACCAAGGAAAAGGUUCGUUCUCGUUUCUCCUCGGCUCUAAGGAAAUUAUCGCGAUCCACAAGGAAAAAGGACAAAUCCGCGGCAAUCAAAGGAUCCUUGGACGCGGCUGCCUCAGAUGUAAUUCUGUCCAGUGAUGCUGAUGACAUAGCCAGCGGAGAACAAUUGGCGGCCACUAAAGUCAAAACAAAAAAGAAAAAAUCCUCUUUAUUUGGUUUGAAAAAAUCCAAGGUUGCUCCCAAAAAGGAUUGUGGUGAGGAGGAGCCUCAAACGUUGCGCAUUUUGGAACCCCUUUUCCAUGACACAGAAAAUGAAGUUGUGGUGACCACAGAACGUCUAUCGCCAACCGAGGGAAAACGUAAGGUGCAAAUAACCAUCAAGUCCAAAAAAAUUGAAAAAGUGGCGGAUACCGCGGAUAGCACACAGAGGCGCCCAACAUCACCAUCUCCAAGUCCAGCGUUAUCACAACCCUCACCCUCGACAACACCGACAACAACCCCACCUUUGGGCAGAGCAUUGAAAAACGAUAGUGACACCAACGCCACCACCACCACCCCAGCUAGGGAAGAUAAAAAGAAAACACUCAAAGGUAAAUUAAAAACUCAAACGUCACAGAAACCCACCACACCCACACAACCGCAAACGAAGAAAGAAGAGAAAAUCGUUAUCACUCAAAGUUCUAAAGAUAUUCCACCACGAGACAAGGCACCCGCCAAACCCUCCCGUCUAGCACAGCAGCAGCAGCCUCAACAGCCCCCUUCUACUAGUCACUCAACCUGUACCAGCAGCAAUACCAACACCGGAGGUGCAGUACGCAAAACAGCAACCACCACAAGGGCAGCCAUAAAAUUGGUAACGGCUGCAAAAUCCAAAAAGAAAUCGGAGGCGAAUAAAACAAACGCCGCCAAACAGCAAACAGGAGGUGGAAAAGGAUCUGCCACAAAAGCCAGCGACAACAACAACUCCACCGCCGCCACCACAACGGCAGCUGCUGCUGCCGGUGACAACACCGCUUCGGAUACAAAAGAAAGCGAUUUAAUGAUAAAUCCACAAAGAGGUCAUAGAUUUCCAAGACCUACAUCAACAGAGUCUACAGAUAGAUCGCACGAAGCUGUGGGAACGCCAGACUCAAAGAAUUCCGCAAUAUCAGCAUCCCCGCCGUCACCACAGGCGACAACACCACUGCCAGCAACUGCAACGGCAGCCGAUUCAAAUCUAACGCCGCCCAACAACCCAGCCACCCAACCGCAAAGAAACGAAAUUCAAUCUGUAACAGAUUCGUUGUCUGCAACCAACGCUUCAUUGCCAGCCAAUCAAGCAUCUCCGUCAGCGCAUCAGCAGACGUCGACGCCACCGCCGCCGCCCCAACAGCCAUCGCCUACAUCUCAAGAUAAAUCAGUUCAUAUCUUAACGCCAAAUCAAACAGACGAUCACAUCUCGUUAGCGGAAAGCGCCCAACCCAGUGCAACAUCAACGGAAGACAUAACACCCAAGGAUACAACAUCCGUCCAUCCAACGGUACGCUUCACCCUGGGCAAUCGUGUACGACCACCGCUGAUUAUUGCCAAACAGCUAGCCUACGAACCCUCAUCGCAGGAGCCCUAUUCCAUUGAACAUCACAGUGACGACGACGAUUCAGACGAUACGCCCGACAGUGACGACAGUCGUCGACGACGCAUCCGUUAUAUUGCCACCACACCAUCGGGUGAAAACGAACCGCCCACACUCUAUGACGAAUUCGAUAAUCUCGAAUUGAAGCAUAAAUAUUUCCGUUAUCAUUCGGGCGUCAGUGAUCUGUCAUUGGAUUCGCACAACAACGAGGAUAUACAGAAAUUGAGUACGGAAUUACAGCAACAGAUGCCCGCAUUCGGAGACUUGACAAUGGAUCAGGAAUGUGAACCGACUAUAAUGACAUCAGCAAAUGCCGAAAAACGCGAGCAUCUCUAUAAAAUUCUAGUCAUCGGUGAGCUGGGCACGGGCAAGACAUCGUUCAUCAAACGUUAUGUCCAUCAGUUUUUCAGUCAAAACUAUCGGGCAACAAUCGGUGUUGACUUUGCCUUGAAGGUUCUGCACUGGGAUCCCAACACCAUUGUACGCCUUCAAUUGUGGGAUAUUGCCGGACAGGAACGUUUCGGCAAUAUGACCCGAGUGUAUUACAAAGAAGCCGUCGGUGCCUUUAUUGUAUUCGAUGUGACACGCAGCGGUACAUUCGAUUGUGUUAGUAAAUGGAAAGAGGAUUUAGACUCGAAAGUUCAGCUGCCGGAUGGCAGUCCGAUUCCAUGUAUAUUGCUGGCCAAUAAGUGCGAUCAAGAUAAACAGGGCAUGGUAACAAAUGCCGAGAAAAUGGAUGAAUAUGUUAAGGAGCAUGGCUUUGCUGGAUGGUUCGAAACAUCCGCCAAGGAGAACAUUAACAUAGAUGAGGCAGCUAGAGCUUUAGUUAAUAAGAUAUUACUUAAUGAUAAAUUGAUCAGUGCCGCCGAUUUAGCCGAUAGCGAAAAAUUCAAUCUCAACCAGACCGGAGAUCAGACACUAAACGAUGAGAAGAGUAAAUGUUCCUGUUGAUUGAUUGUUUGCAACAACAUCAAAAUGAAAAUGGUUUCAUGAAAGCUUUCAACAGUACCCGCUCGCUCCUGUGCAUGGGGGACAUUUGGACCUAUGGAACAUACGUUUAGAAAGGCCAUUAUUAUUAUUGGCACCAACCCUCCUCCCACUAACAUUAAGUUUUAUAGUAUGUAGGGUCAUUUUUUAUAUUAAUAUAUAAUCUAUAAUAUACCGAGGAGACACACACACCCAGCUAAACAUACAUAUAUACAUACUUACAUACAUAUAUAGAAUAAUAUAGAUUAGCAUAUAAGCAAUUUUAGAAGAUGAAGAAUUAUAUCCUUGCUGUUGCAAGUGAGUCUCAGCAAGAAUAUGAAUAUUUUUAUACGUAUUGUCAUCUCGAUUUUUUUUUUGUAAGGUCCAUUUUUAGCAUUGUCGGAAAAUUAUAUAUACAUCUAGGCCUUCUAUAAGUAUUCUUGAAACAGCCAUUUUCCAAAAUCCAUUAUUAAUGGUUUCAAUUGUCAAUAUUUGUUCGUCGGGAUUCAGUCAGCAAAAAUGUUAUGAAAGAGAAGGGACAUAAAUGAGGGAAGAGAAGACUCUUCCGGUAGUUUAAUUUUCAAAAUUAUUAAGCGACGGUUUCUCUAUGACGAUAGGAAAGUGAACUUGAACUAUGAGCAUUUUUUUAAUUAAAUAAGAAUCAAAAAUUUAAAAAAAAAUGUAAAGAAUUGAUUUUUCUCUUUCAAGUUUCCUUUCGCAUCGUCAUAGAGAAACAGGUCUUUUUGAAAGUUUUUCUUAAGAAGUUCUUCUUUUUUACCUGUAAAUGCCUUCUGCUUUAAGACAGCUCUUAGAAAGAAUUAUUUUAUCAAUAGAAAACCCUUGCUAUUAAAGGCGUUGGAAAAUCUUUUGAAGGUAUUCUACUCCUGAAAAAUGUUUAAAGAGUAUUCUAUUGCCGAAUACCUUUAGUAUACAUUUUUGGAUCCGAAAGAUCUGGAUCUUUAAAAUAACGAUUUUCAGUCUAUGUUCUUUCUUUCAUAAAUUUUGUUUGUAUCUGAAACCCAACUAAUUUUAUUUGUUUAUAAACGAAUUUUAUUGUAGCCAUAUGUUGUUUUAAACACAGUAAACAAUUACAAUUACAGUAAACAAUUACAUGUAUACAAACUAACAUUUUAAUGAGAUAAUUACAAAAAAAUGUUUUAUCAAAUACUUAAAAUUAACAAUUGUCUCUCAAUUAUUUCUCCUAACAUUGGAUCUUUGUAUUUAUUGUGUGCAUUUUUUAUUUUUAUCUUUAUAUUUAUGAAAAAAAUGUGUUUAUUUGUUGAGUUUUUUUUUAUCAUUUCCACUCUUUGGUUUAGAUUUAAGCAAAUUUGUUUUAUGCUUGUAUUUAUUGUUUGCCUUGUUUUAUAUUGAAAAUUAAUUUGGGCCUCUUUAUAUCACCAAAAAUUUUAUAAUAAAAAUAUCGUUUCUUUGGUGUUUACUAAA